AUGACCCCCCCAACGAGCCCAGAGCCUGGCCACGAUGCCACGUUAUCAAAGGUCCAGACGCAGAGAGCACGAUGGGCGACUCGCAAGAUGACGGUGAAAAGCAGCCACACCAAGCGGCUGUCUCUCCUGAACCGCAUGCACAAGCGAACUCAAUCCGAGAAAAGCGUUGCCGGAAGCGAUGGAAACGGCGCGCCAUUCGACAACCGCGAACCCCAUCAUAAUGGCGGCGAAAACGAGCAUCACAAUGACAACCCGCAAGAUGAGGCAGACGACGACGAGUCUGAUGAGGAGGACUCGACUCGUACGCUGUACUUCAACCUGCCUCUCCCUGACGACAUGCUCGAAGAUGGCCAUCCCAUAUAUUCCUUUCCCAGAAACAAGAUCCGCACCGCAAAAUACACGCCGUUGUCUUUUGUUCCCAAGAAUUUGUGGUUUCAGUUUCACAAUGUGGCCAACAUCUUCUUCUUGUUCUUGGUUAUCCUUGUCAUUUUCCCCAUUUUUGGUGGUGUCAAUCCGGGGCUGAAUGCCGUUCCCUUGAUUGUCAUUAUUGUCCUCACAGCAGCGAAAGACGCCAUAGAAGAUUACCGGAGGACCAUUUUGGACAUCGAGCUCAACAAUGCCUCUGUCCAUAAGCUGCACAACUGGAACAACGUCAAUGUGCAGGAAGACAAUGUAUCAACCUGGCGACAAUUCAAAAAGGCCAACUCACGGUUCUUUGGGUCUAUCUGGCACGCCAUUGAGAGCCUAUGGUCCAAGAAGGCCAGGAAGCAGCGAGCUGAGCGAAAGGAACGCCAACAAAAUCCCGAAAUGGAAGAGGAGGGCCGACCCUCCAUAGAAACGGUUCGAACACGGAGAUCAAUUCGCGAUUCCCUCGCCUCUCCUUUCGGCAACCGGGAAUCGUUUGUUGAUGCUCAGGAAGAGAUCCAGAUGACACCAGUACCGUCCCCGACGCCUGCAAAUGGAGUUCCCCACAUUCGAUUCCCUGACGAAGAGGAUGCAAAGCGUGCCGCUGCUAUUCAGGACAUGAAAUCCGACCUGAUUAAUUACAUGAAGCCAUCCAAAGGCGCGCGUUUCAAAAAGGAUACCUGGAAAGGCCUCCAAGUUGGUGAUUUCGUGCGUAUUUACAACGACGACGAAUUGCCCGCCGAUAUCAUCAUCUUGUCCACGUCCGAUCCAGACGGAGCCUGUUACGUUGAGACCAAGAACUUGGAUGGUGAGACUAACCUGAAGGUCCGACAAGCUCUCCGUUGUGGCCGAUCGAUUAGGCAUGCCCGUGACGCCGAGCGUGCUGAGUUCAAGAUUGAGAGUGAAGCUCCCCACCCUAAUCUCUACAAGUAUAAUGGAGCUAUUCACUGGCAGCAGGUUGUACCGGGAUAUCCGGAUGAUGACCCCGAAGACAUGACGGAGCCUAUCACCAUUGACAAUCUUAUGCUUCGCGGCUGUAACUUGCGCAAUACUGAGUGGAUUCUUGGUGUCGUUGUUUUCACAGGCCAUGACACGCGAAUUAUGAUGAAUGCCGGUAUUACGCCGAGCAAGCGCGCCAGAAUUGCCAGAGAGAUGAACUUCAACGUCAUCUGCAACUUUGGAAUUCUUCUCAUCAUGUGCCUUCUUGCCGCCAUUGUGAACGGUGUUGCUUGGGCCAAGACUGAUGCUUCUCUCCAUUUCUUUGAGUUUGAGUCCAUUGGUGGAAGCGCCCCUAUGAGUGGUUUCAUCACCUUUUGGGCUGCCAUUAUUCUGUUUCAGAACUUGGUUCCCAUCUCUCUCUAUAUCACACUGGAAAUCGUGAGGACGCUUCAGGCCAUAUUCAUCUUCAGCGAUGUCGAAAUGUACUAUGCACCCAUCGAUCAGCCUUGCAUCCCGAAAUCCUGGAACAUCUCCGACGACGUGGGCCAGAUUGAGUAUAUCUUUUCGGACAAGACUGGCACGCUUACCCAAAACGUCAUGGAGUUCAAGAAGGCGACAAUCAAUGGACAACCCUAUGGCGAAGCAUACACCGAGGCGCAGGCCGGUAUGCAAAAGAGAAUGGGUGUGGAUGUAGAAAAGGAGGGGGCUCGUAUUCAGGCCGAGAUCGCUGAGGCCAAAGUCCAAGCCCUCGAAGGCCUUCGUAAGAUCAACGACAAUCCAUAUCUGCACGAUGAUGCUCUCACGUUCAUUGCUCCCGAUUUUGUCUCCGACCUGGCCGGAGAGCAUGGCCAAGAACAGCAAUCAGCUAUCGAAGAAUUCAUGCUGGCAUUGGCUCUUUGCCACACGGUCAUUGCAGAGAAGGUUCCAGGUGACCCCCCUAAAAUGACAUUCAAGGCUCAAUCACCCGAUGAGGAGGCUUUGGUAGCUACAGCUCGUGAUAUGGGAUUCACCGUUUUGGGCCACUCAGGUGACGGCAUCAACCUCAACGUCAUGGGCGAAGAACGCCACUACCCGAUCCUCAAUACCAUCGAAUUCAACUCUAGCCGAAAGCGAAUGAGCUCCAUUGUCAAAAUGCCCGAUGGUCGAAUCGUCCUGAUUUGUAAGGGCGCCGACUCAGUGAUUUAUUCUCGGUUGAAGCGAGGAGAGCAGCAGCAACUUCGACGCAAUACUGCCGAGCAUCUUGAAAUGUUUGCUCGCGAAGGUCUUCGUACGCUCUGCAUUGCUCGUAAAGACCUGACUGAGGAGGAGUACCGCCACUGGAAGAAGGAGCAUGAUGCAGCCGCAUCGGCUCUGGAAAAUCGCGAAGAGAAGCUGGAAAACGUAGCUGACAUGAUUGAACAAGAACUCUACCUUCUUGGCGGUACUGCUAUUGAGGAUCGUCUCCAGGAUGGCGUGCCCGAUACUAUUGCCCUGCUUGCCAAGGCUGGUAUAAAGCUUUGGGUUCUGACUGGCGAUAAGGUUGAGACGGCCAUCAACAUUGGCUUUUCAUGCAAUUUACUCAACAACGACAUGGAGCUUAUUCACCUGAAAGUUGAAGAAGACGAGAGCGGGGAGACGGCAGAUGACACCUUCCUCACGAGUGUUGAAAAGCAACUUGAUCAAUACCUUCAGGUGUUUGGCAUAACGGGAAGUGACGAAGAUCUUGCUUUGGCCCGAAAGAGCCACGAACCACCUGGCCCGACCCACGGGGUUAUCGUGGAUGGGUUUACGCUUCGCUGGGCACUGCACGACAAUUUGAAACAGAAGUUCUUGUUGUUGUGCAAGCAAUGUCGGUCAGUUUUGUGCUGCCGCGUUAGCCCUGCCCAAAAAGCUGCCGUUGUUGCCAUGGUCAAGAAUGGAUUGGAUGUUAUGACCCUGUCCAUUGGCGAUGGUGCAAAUGAUGUGGCCAUGAUUCAGGAAGCCGAUGUCGGCGUUGGUAUUGCUGGUUUGGAAGGUCGACAGGCCGCCAUGUCUUCCGAUUAUGCUAUUGCGCAGUUCCGUUUCCUUCAAAGACUGGUCCUUGUUCACGGUCGAUGGUCUUACCGGAGGCUGGCAGAGAGCAUCAGCAAUUUCUUCUACAAAAACAUGGUUUGGACGUUUGCCAUCUUCUGGUACGAGACCUUUUGCGAUUACGACAUGACAUAUCUAUUCGACUAUACGUAUAUUCUCAUGUUCAAUUUGUUCUUCACAUCCGUCCCUGUUGCUAUUAUGGGUGUCCUCGACCAGGAUGUAUCCGAUAAGGUUUCCCUUGCUGUCCCUGAACUCUAUCGCCGCGGCAUUGAGCGCCUGGAAUGGACACAGAAGAAGUUCUGGCUCUACAUGGUUGAUGGUGUCUACCAAUCUGUCAUGGUUUUCUUCAUUCCUUACCUACUUUUUAUUCCCGCUAAAUCAGUGACUUUCAAUGGACUCGGCCUUGAGGACAGGCUUCGAUUCGGUGCAUACGUUGCUCAUCCAGCCAUCUUAGCCAUCAACGGCUACAUCUUGAUCAAUACGUAUCGCUGGGACUGGCUGAUGCUUCUCAUUGUGGUUAUCAGUGAUGUUUUCAUCUUUUUUUGGACAGGCAUCUACACCUCAUUCACCUCGUCUGGCUUUUUCUACCACACCGCUGCUCAGGUUUAUGGAGAGGCAACUUUCUGGGCAGUUUUCUUCCUUGUUCCUGUCAUUUGCCUCUUUCCCCGGUUCGCUAUCAAGGCACUCCAAAAGGUCUACUGGCCGUACGACGUCGAUAUCAUCAGGGAACAGGAGCGUGCCGGCCUAUUUGCUCAUCUUGACAAAGGUGCCGCAGGAGAAGCCGACAGUGAAAAGAGCACUGGUGGGAAAUCAGGGACCGAAAGCCCGAAUAAAGCAAAGCGCAUGACAUAUGGCAGCGUGGACGAAGACCUGCGACCGAUAUAUCCGCCGUCGACGGCCACACGGACCACAACCCACAAUCGAACGCAGAAUGGCAGCGAUUCGACAAACUACACAGCGAACCGCAUGUCGCUCGACAUCCCCGCUGCAGGUCGUCCUUCGAUAGAGCGUGCGAGACCGUCAUACGACCGAAUGCGCAUGUCAAUGGAUCGCGUCCGACCCAGCUUUGAGGCGAGUAAUGACUUUACUUCGGCAGCGCGACUAUCACGGAUUGAAUCGAGCCAGUCUCACUCUCAACAACCCCAGGGCGGUCGGUUCAAGGCAAGACUUCGUGGACUGUCCUUGACCAAGAGUGCACACGUUUAG